AAUAGCGCGAUGAACGGACGCGCCUGUCGCUUCCCACUUUUAAUUACAACCGCGAAGCUUUCCCCGCGACAAUUAUACGUUGACGCGUAACGAAAUAAAUACGUAGAUACGGUUGGCCAAUUUAAAUGUAUCCGCAGUUCGCGAGCAACAGCCAGACGUGACACGGCCAAGUUAAAAGCUCUCACGGUUUAAUAAAAUUGAGAAUAUAUUGCGCACAAACAACAUAUACGUAUACCUUUACCCUCUCUGCCUUUACUCUCUAUAUAUAUAAAGGCAUCUCGUUCCAAAAUCCAACUCACAUAUAUCGAUUCUCGUAUCGUGACCGCGACGACAUCUCGGCGUCCGCGCCGACUCCGCCAGUUUAUUGUGUUCAUCAUGGCUUCGACGGAAUCUCUGGUGUGCGACACGCUCGACCUGAGCGGCCAGGGCCUCAAGAAGCUCAGCCGGUGCCCCUCGGACGCUGAUAUUAGCACGUUGAUCAUAGACGACAAUGACUUGCAGCGGCUCGAUAAUCUGGAUUCUUACCACAGAAUUACGAAGCUUUCGAUAAUCAGAAAUCAAUUGCUACGGAUGUACGGCGUGUCAAAGUUACAUAAUCUUGUUACCCUCAAUUUGGCAAACAAUGGUAUACUGACGAUAGAAGGUAUCAAGGACAUGAUUAAUUUGCAGACUCUCUGUUUAGCGGGUAAUAAUAUCAAGUCUAUUGAACAUCUACACACGAAUACCAAAUUGGAGCAUUUGGACUUGUCUGAAAACAGCAUCAGCCAUAUCUCAGAUAUAUCUUAUCUGCGAAGUUUGAAGGAACUCUUUUUGCAUAACAAUCGCAUAAUAACGCUGCGCCAGUGCGAGCGCUACUUGCCCACAUCCCUGGAAACUUUCACAUUAGCGAAUAACAAUAUUACUGACUUGAAUGAGAUGUCGCAUCUGGCUAAUCUAAAAAAUCUGGUGAAUUUCUCGAUUGCUAACAAUCCGUGUGUCAGUAUAACAGGUAACAGUAUUGGCUUUGACUAUCGGCCUUUUGUUAUUAAUUGGUGUAUGAGCUUAAAGUCAAUCGACGGUUAUGCGGUCGAUCCUAUUGAAAGCUUGAAAGCGGAGUGGCUGUAUUCUCAGGGAAGAGGUAGACAAUUCCGCGUUGGUGAACACGCCUUACUUGCUCAAUACCUUGCGUCUGUCUGCCCGCUCUCGGGCGAGUCCUUAGAGAACGAGACGGACCGGAAACUUAGACUUAUACUGAGCAAAGCUCAACAUCACCAACAGCAGUUGAAUCAGCAGAGCGAUACCGGAAGCGUGCACAGCUUGAGUAGCGUGGCAAUGAGUCCCUCCCCAGCCGCUAGACGUAGACUUAGCAAUAACAGGACAAAUUCACCCAGACGACCUACUUCUUCGAGGAACGCCGUGAAAAUGAAAUCACCGGAUCGAAUGGUAUCCAGCUGUCAUACAGAUGCUAUGGUUUCUUCAUGUCAUGGUUUGUUAAGCGAACACGAGACUCUGAUGACCCAAAGCUUAGAUCCUAAUAUGCUCUCUGGUCUGAACAACAAAACGUCAAACAAUAGUUUACAGGACAUGGAAGAGACAUCGAGCCCUCUGCAAGCCGCUACGAAAUUAGUACCGGUACCGGAAUCCCUGAUGAGCCCAGACUUUCGUCCACCGUCUGGCCUUUCACGGAUUUUACCGAAGACUCCCACGUCAAGUAAAUUAAACUCCCCGUGUCAAAUCACCAUACCUAGUAAACCAUCCAUGGACGGCGACGGAAAGGCGAUUCCGAUCAUAAACACCGUAAAUCCAAUGGCAAAAACGAUUUUAAGCAGUAUAAAGGCGAACGCGCUCGUGAAAAGUAGUUCCGCUACAAAUUGCAGCGUCGCGAGGCCGAGUAUAGCGAAACCGGUGCUGCACGCUAACAGUAAGUGUCCACACAGCGUGAAGAUUAACAAUUACGUUCAGAGCAAGACCCUGCCCGCGAAGAGGAGCACGAAGAGUCCCAAUUUAGCUAGGAAUGUACAGCGACCGAAGAGCGCGAACGAGAGACUCAAGAGCAACUUAAACAAAGAUGAGAAGGACGGCGACACUGGAGUUCACAGCAGCGACGAGGAUAGCGAAGUGUGUCAAGCGAAACUGGAUAGCAUUCGGAAUAGGGCUAUUCAGAGAAGACAAGAGGAUAGUAACAAAGAUCAAGAUCAAACGGAGAAGGCCGCUAUCUGCAUUCAAAGAAUAUGGCGAGGCUUCCACACAAGAAACCUCAAUAGAAAAGCGACUAGUAUAUUAAAAACGAUCGACAUGAUGAGAACGAAUAAGUACAUCCAGAAACUGUCGACGGACAUGGAAGCCACGAGAACCGCUCUCGAGAGCGAGCACAAGUUACAAUUGUUGCAGAUGCAAGCGAUCAAUGCAUUGUGGAAGAAAGUAGUCAGUCUGCAGCCGGGCGGGAAUCGAGAAAACGCCUUCGGUGAUACGGACAAUACCCUGCAACCAAAUGCGGACGUAGUCAGUAAUCUCGCGCAAACGUGCAAUCUGCUUCAUACCCAGGUCCAACAGCUGCAAGACUCGAUGACCGAGAUAAAGCGUUGCAUGUCCAGCAUGAAUCCGAGGCCCGUCCUCGUCGAUCACGGCGUCGCCACCCAAACGGAGAUAUCCGCCGUGCAUACGCCGGCGGGCGAGGAAAACACGUUCCCCUACGGACGUCCCAAUAGACCGCAGACUCUGCCGAUACACCAAACGAUACACGAGGGCAUCGAGAACAAGAGCUUCGCGUCGAAUCUGGUGGACAGUGUGCUGAAGAAGGUGUCGCAGUCCACCGACACGACGGACGACGAGGUAAACACAGAUAUCUUGAAUUCAAACGAGAAUCCCGAGAUGCUGAACUCGAAUGAGAAUCCCGAGAUGUUCAAGAGUUGCGAGGAGAUGAUAGAAUCCGACCUCAAGCAAGCGGUUGCGAACGAGACGGCGGACGGCUACGAGAAUAUAAUUGAGAACGCGACGAUGGACGGUGAGGUGUGCGAGGAAACGCUGUGCAAGGAGCUGCACAAUUUGAUCGAGACGGAAAACGGAGCGGACGCUUACGGGAACUGCGCGGACAACGUGGUUAACGGAGACGAUAAGGAGAUCUGCUAGAUUUGACUUUGUCGCAUCGGAUUUCCGCACCAUAUGCCUUGUGAGUAAAGACGGUAUGUGCAAAGUGAAGUAAAGCGAAAAGAAAAUGCUCAUUGUAAAUAACAAAAAGUAAGUGAUUCUAUACUCGUAAAAAUAUUAUAAAAUGGGAUAUAAUUUUAAUCGUGGACUGUUUUACCACAAAAAAAAAGAGAUACUGCGAUCACGAACAACAGAGGCUGCCACAUUCUGACCGAAUAAAAGUAUUUAUGUAGCUUAAGUUAAAACAGAUUGAUAAAAGCAGUAUAAAUGAUAGCCGCGAAGUUAUGUCGAUGACUAUAAAACAUUUGUCAGCUUGUGCAACGUUUGCUUAGCUUAUGAAGUAUAUUCCGUGAAAAAACAUUCGCAUUUUACGUAUUUGUGCAUUGUCGUAAGGGAUUUCAGAAAUUUUCCGUCCGAUUAUUGACGGCAGUACGUAUAAUCACGUAAAACGUAUAGCAUAUAUUUUACCAAACUGGCCACUGAAAAACCAUUCCCGCAAAAACAUUCCACUUACGGCUCUCUUACUUUAAUAGAAUAAUUUUACAUUUUCUCAUGAAAUCGUAUUUCGUAUUUUGGAAAAAAUUAAUUUUUUUUUAAUUAAA